AUGGCUGCGGCAGUACUGGGAAAGAGGUCUCGACGAGUCCUGGACGAGGAAGAUAUCGAACCUUCGCAGCCCAUUGCCAAAAGACGGACGCGACGUUCAACACCCAAGAUCUACGAAGAUACAGAAGGACUCAAUGGGUUGGAGAAAGAGGUGACCCGGUCAGCCUCGUCGGUACGGGCGCGUAACAGACGGUUGAAAGAUACCGUUCAAGACGAGUUGGUACCAAACCGGCCGAACACAACUCAACCCCAUGAAUCUCUUAACCCUUCAAACGAGAAUGUACCUCCAUCGGCCGCUUCCACUCCAUCGACUGUCCGGUUCAAGGAUGUAUUUGCAACACAAACACCAAGCACACCGAAGCAUCGUGUACGACUUGGUGGUCAGCUUCUCACUCCCCGAUCAGCGCGCUCAUCCACACCGUCAAAGUCGCACAAUAAUGUCUAUGCUCAGGCCCGCCAACUGUUCACCCAAGCCAGCAAUGGUAAAGUAAUCGGUCGCGAUGCUGAAAGGAACCAAUUGCGGAGUUUCAUUUCCAGCGCUCUUGAGAACAAAACCGGCGGUUGCACCUACGUUAGCGGGCCCCCGGGCACCGGAAAGAGUGCAUUGGUCCAAGAGAUCUUGCAGGAGUAUGGAGAGACUUCUGCCAAAAUUGCAACCAUAAACUGCGUCGCCUUGAAGUCCUCCGCAGAGGUCCUGUCGAAAUUCAACGAAACGUUCAGCGCACCAAGAGCUGCGAAAUCAAGCCUAGCUCGAUUGUUCACCAGCAGAAAAGCUGACUCACAGAUGCACUUGGUCUUGCUUGAUGAGCUCGACAGCCUCAUUAAAGGUGACUGUGAUGUUCUGUACAGUAUAUUCGAAUGGGCAAUGCACCCCUUAUCCACUCUCAUUCUUAUUGGUAUCGCCAAUGCCCUCGACUUGACCGACCGCUUUUUACCCCGACUGAAGACGAAAAACCUCAAACCCUGUCUGCUCCCGUUUCUGCCUUAUUCGGCCACACAGAUCUCGACGAUCAUUUCCGAGAAGCUUCGAUCGCUUCUCCCUGAUGAUACCACAGUUGGGUCAGAUUUUGUUCCGUUAAUGCACCCUGCAGCCAUCCAGCUGAGCGGCAAAAAGAUCGCUGCUCAAACAGGCGACCUGCGCAAAGCUUUCAGUCUUGUUCGUCAGGCAAUCGACCAGAUUGAGCAAGAAACAGUUCUGAAAAUGAGCCGAGAGCAGAGCAUUACUCCGACCAAGCAACCACUCGCAGACAAUUCGAAUUUGAGGAUGAGUCAGGUGUUGUUACCUGUGAAGGCAGACCAACGCUCAGUUCUUAGUCAACUUACCAUGGAGACGGCGCCUCGAGCGAGUAUUGGACAUGUUGCGAAAAUUGCGUCCAAAAUUUUCAACAAUGGCACGCUUUCUCGGUUAGGUGGACUUAAUCUACAGCAAAAGGCCGUUCUGUGCUCUUUGGUCGCGUCGGAACAUCGACAAUACCGAAGGAAUCCCUACAUGACGCCCUCAAAAUCGUGGUCCAAAAUCCCUACAAUCAAAGGGCUGUUCGAAAAGUACGCUCUACUUUGCAGCCGUGAUGAUGGAUUGUUACAGCCACUGAAGAGCACCGAAUUUCGAGAUGUGGUUGCCAGUCUCGAGACACUGGGAUUGGUGCAAGAGGCAUCGGGACGCAGCACAGGUUUGUUGACGCCAUCCAAGACGCCUUCUCGCGUGGGCAAAGCCAUGGACGAUAUGCAGGUCGUCAGUGCCGUCUCCGAAAAGGAGAUGAGAGAUAGCUUGACUGGACCGGGGUCGGAUUUGCUGUUAAGGUUGCUUGACGAAGAUUCAUGA